GAUGGCGAUUUUAUUCGUUCCUGUCAUCUUGCUGUAAUGGUGAUGCUUGUUGGUUGUGUAAAAAACUAAAAAGUAUUUGUGUAUGUUGCUAUAAAAUGGCUGACACCGGUCUUCGUAUGAAUUUUGCCGCAUUAAAGAGGGCAGAUCCAUAUGCCAGAGAAAUAAUUGAUAGUGCUACCCACGUCGCAUUAUAUACUUUCGAAGAGAACGAAUGGGAGAAAACGAACAUCGAAGGCGCUUUGUUUGUGUACAGUAGAAAUGGUGAGCCUUACCACAGUUUGGUGAUUAUGAACAGAUUAAACACAAAUAAUCUUAUUGAGCCAGUUUCUAAAGGUAUCGAAUUGCAAUUAAAAGAACCGUUCUUGUUAUAUAGAAACGCUAAGUGUCGCAUUUACGGCAUAUGGUUCUACGACAAAGACGAAUGUGUUAGGGUAGCCACGAAGUUGAAUUCUCUAGUGAAGGAUUCGAUGAAAUCACCCAAUGAAAUGCCGCAGAACCCAGUGUACCCAUCCCCGGCGAAGGCAAACGCUCCAGUCGAUAUAUUUAGCAUGUUGAGCAAGGCUCAAGAUGAUUUUAAUUCUACGAAUGGUAAAGCGAAUAAAAAUGACCCGACACAGUCGCGGGCUCCUGAUAUGGCAUCACAAAGUGUGAUGGAUUUCUUUGCAAAAGCGGGCAGUGGUGCUGCGGCGCAAAUGCCUGCAGUGUCCUCCCUUCCGUCUCCGGGGAUCUUCGGGCCGCGACCCACGGACGUGCGAGAAGGGCCACUCCUACUGCAGAGGCUGAUGAGUAACCCGGCCCACUCGGUAGAGCAUAUAGAGAAACAGCAGCGCUCUGUCACCCCUCAAGAAGCACAAAGUGCAAAUGGAAAUACAUCUAUGGAUCCAAUCAUAAGGCAGAACAGCUCUUUUCAGUUAAAAUCAACGCCCACUAAUAAGCAGAGUCAGCAGAGAACAAAUCUGAAGAAUAUACAGCAGAUUGAUAGCAUAGAUACAAAUGGGCCUAACCCAUUGGAGAGUGAACUCAACAUGAUGCAUAUCUCCUCGCCCAAGUCUACUUCGCCAUUAGCCACAUAUUUGAAUCAGUCUCAGGAUAUGGUCAAUCCAGUGGGCUCAUUCAAUGGUGGUAAGUUAGAGGAAGUUGGGGGAGUUUAUCCAAUUAUUAAUUCACUAGCUAACCAUCAAAAGCCAGCUCUGAUGCCUCCCACAAUGUUUACAGCCACAACAGGAAAUGAAAUUUUGCCGUCCCCCGAGCCACUAACUAGGAAUCAACUUCUCCAAGCUUUUAAUUAUCUUCUCAAACAUGAUGCAGACUUUGUAAACAAGUUGCACGAGGCGUACGUCAAAUCGUUUUCAGAAAAAGCUUUCUCUGUUUCAUAAAAUUCAUUCUUUUUGGACAAACUGCUGAUGUCUCUAGUGGUAAUUGAUGUACAGUUGUAAUUUGAAGUAUAAAUCCUUUAAAAUUGUUUAGAACUAUUAGUUUUGUAGUUAUUUCUUUGGACAGAGUAUUUUUAAAUAAGUUUUAAACCUUUGACAGUGUCAUUUAAGUUGUCUGUAUAAAGGAUGAAUUUAUGUGGCUUGAAUCCAAUGAUAAGUCACAUUAAUAUUAUAACAGGAAAGCUAUUUGUGAUAUUUAUAUUGGUUUCAUAGAUACUCAAUUAACCACUUGCAGAUUUUCUUUAUUAUAACCUCUUAUGAAAUUCCUUACUUGACAAUAUAAAAUAUUGUUACUUAAGAAUCAUCACAAUUUUUUUAUUUUCUUAAUCAGUGCACAAAAAAUACUAACAAUUAUUUGCUAUUUAGAUAAUUGAAAAGCUAUUAUUGGAGUCAAUCAAAUAUUGUGAUGUUUAAUUAAGCAAUAAUAUUAAAAAAACAAUUUUGUGCUGUAAAAAUGUGACUUUGUGUAAUAUUCAUAUAAAUGACACAAAACUUAUACAUAUAAAUAUUCAAUGCAAUAUAUAUGUAUAAUAUUGUUUACUAUGUAGAUAUGAUGACAUAUUUUCAACUUUUGAUAAAUACAUUGAAUUUUGAAAAAUAAGGACAUGAUUUUGACAAUUUGUAUUGAUUUUAAGGUAGGUAUGCAAAAAUUUCUAUUUCUUUACAAAAAACUUAUUUUCCCUGACUAUAAUAACAUUUCUUCCCCAAUAUUCCUUUGAAAUGUUUAUUUCACCUAAAAAGAAAAAGUAUCUGAUUUUUGUAAAAUUUCUUUGUAUAAAACCACCUUUAUUGCUCCAGUGAUAAAUGCUCAUUUUAUUUGUUUGGAGACAACAUUGUUUAAUUUGCAUAAACAAAAUUAUAAAAGACUGUUUAUCUUCUCAGUUUAUUACCUGUUAUUUUAAAAAUAGCUUUCAGUAUUUACAUUAAGCACAGAAUGUUAGCACAUACUGUGUUACCAAUUAUUUGGUAGUUCAUGUUUUCAUUUAAAUAUCUAUAGGUAGGUAGGUACAACAAUGUUUGCAUGAAUAAAAAAUUAAUAA